ACAUAUAAAAUCAUAGGGGCUAGAUUACAAUUCUAUAUAAGUUGCUAGAACUUAAAACCCUAGAGGCUCUUAUCGAAAAACCUCUUCCUCCCCCUUUCUUCUCGGAGCCGUCGCUUUGUUGGAAAGUCGCCGGAAAAUUACCAGUCAUGAUGGAAAUACGAACUCCCAAGACCCACAAAGCGAAGCGUGUACUCGAGAAGCGAGCUCCGAAGCUGGUAGAAAAUGGGAAGAAGACAUUGAUACUUCAUGGAACGAAGACAAGCGCUACGCUUAGCUCUGUGCUGAUGGAGCUGUACCGUUUGAAGAAGGGAGGUGCCAUUAAGUACUCGAGGAGGAAUGAGAAUAUUAGACCCUUUGAGAGUGGUGGUGAAACCUCUUUGGAGUUCUUCUCUCAAAAAACUGAUUGUAGCAUUUUCGCGUAUGGCUCUCACACAAAGAAACGACCUGACAAUCUUGUGCUCGGAAGAAUGUACGAUCACCAUGUCUAUGAUCUCAUAGAAGUUGGGAUUGACAACUUUAAAUCUCUCCUGUCGUUUUCCUACGACAAGAAGAUAGCACCUCAUGAAGGAUCAAAGCCUUUCAUUUGCUUUACCGGAGAAGGUUUUGAGAAUGUACCAGAGCUGAAGCAGCUUAAAGAAGUCCUCACUGAUCUCUUCCGUGGCGAGGUCGUCGAUAAUCUAAACCUUACUGGAUUAGACCGUGCUUACAUAUGCUCAGCGAUAUCACCAACUAAGGUUUUCCUUACUCACUGCGCUAUUAAGCUAAAAAAGUCAGGGUCCAUCGUGCCUAGAAUAGAGCUUGUUGAAGUAGGUCCAUCCAUGGACCUGGUUAUCCGCCGUAAUCGUCUUCCCAACGAAGGCCUAAGGAAAGAAGCUAUGAAAUCAUCUAAAGAUAAGCCCAAGAAGAAGGUGAAGAAUGUGGAUCAAGAUGAUGUACUAGGGAAGAGAGGGAGGAUUUUUAUUCCUGAGCAAGAGGUUGGAAAAACUCCAUUGCCGGAUAAAUCGAAGGGAGUGAAGAGAGAGCGAAGAGAGGGUAAGCUGAAGAAGAAGAGUAAGGAAGAAGGGUCUGCUUCCAAAAAGCAUAAAGAGUCCGAGUAACUCACUAAACCACUUGUGGGCUUCAUCAAACGACAGUUUCGACGUCAAGAAGUUGAGAUGUUUUUGCAGUGUAACUUGUCGUUUUUUUCUUUAAAGGGCUCAUCCCAGUGGACUCUUUCUACUUAUGAAUGUUUUUUAUACGCUAAUAUUUAUCGAGAUAGUUUUGUUUUGUUAAUUUUCCUGCAGCAAAGAGAAUCUUAGAGAAAAGAGUAUUAAGAUAUGAAGAGACACAUUUUUGUCUCGUA